GCUAGGUAUUUGCAGCUGCACGGCGCAUGGGAGGCAGCCAUCAGCCAACGAAAAGGAGCGCGACCAUGUAGGCACCUCCCGGCCAUGACCCCGCGCCAGGCGAGCCUCCUUUCUUGCUGCCUCGCGCUGUCCCGGGCGGCUGCUGGGGACUGCGAGCCGGCCUCCAAGGCCCUGCGGGCCUUUUUCGACUCACCAGGACCUGCGACGGCCGUCUUCGCCGCGGACCAGGUCGUCGCCAGCCGCGGCGCGUGUGUCUCGCAAUCGCGCGACGGCCGGCGUUCGACGUGGUUCGCGGCCGGCGACGACGGGGCGCGCGAUCUGCGCCGGGCGUGGUGCGCGCCGCGCCGCGUCGAGCGGCGCAACGGCACGCGCGGAGCCGCGAUUUCGCGAAGAUUUUCGGCCGUCGCGCCCUACGCCGCCAAGACGCGACGCGCGGCGCAGAGGUGGCGCCUUUACAAGCGCUGCGGCGCCUUGAAUAGGCGCGGCAGGCCGCACGACCACGAGCACGUCGAUCUCGAGGAGGCGGCGCCGGCGCGGGUCGCGGAGGCUCGAUGGGUCGACGCGAUCGUCGUCCUCCUCUCCGACCGGCUCGCGAACGUCGGCCACGCCGUCCGCGACGUGCUCUUUCUUCGGGCGUUCGCCGGCGCGUGGGCGUGCGGCGGCGAACAGGAGGUCCUCUACUCGCUGUAUCUGGCGCCUCGAAAUCCCCAACCGCCUCUACCUUGGGUUCGGGAGCUUUCCGAGGCGGUCGCCGCGUCGACGGGCACGCGCGGUUUUUCGCCGCGACCGGGCGAGGUGGUGUGCGUGCGAGGACUAGUGCAGAAGGCCGCGCAACACGUCGGCGACGCGCAUACGGCGAGGCACGCGAGAGCCGCGGCGCUGCGACGCUGCGGCGUCGAGCUCGAAGCGCCGGCGACGACGGUCCUCUACGUCGUCCACGGUGCGUCGCGAGAGGGGUCGCGACGUCUGGGAAAUCACGAAGCCGUCAUUGCCGCCCUCGACGGCGUCGCGCAGAACAAGGGCCUGCGCCUCGACGUCGCGGAGCUCGGCGCAUUAUCGUUCUGCGGGCAGGUGCGCGCUGUGUACCGCGCGCGCGCCGUCGUCGGCGUCUUCGGCGCCGCGGUCGGAGGCAACUUAAUUUUCACGCGCGACACCGCCACGACGGUCGAACUGACCGCGUGCGGCCGCUCGGCGCCGCGCGCGCCCGACGCCGGCACGCUCGGCCACACGUUCCUGCCGUUCGCUGCGGCGUACGCGUACGGCUUCGUGUCGUUCUGCCUAUGCGUCGACGACCCGGACGUCGACCUGACGGCGAAGCGCUCGACGCGGCGCGGCUGGUUCAGGUCCGAGCGCCUCGGCGCGAACGUCGGCGCGCUGGCGAGCGCCGUCACCAGCGCGCUCGACGGCGACCACGCGGGCGCCGCGCGCGCGGCGGCCGAAGCGCGGCCCUGCGAGAUAUAGAAACAGGCUGUUGUGUAUAUUUGUGUCCUGGC